AUGACAUCCACACCUUUCCGCCCCAAAUCGCACUCGCGCACAGACGAAAACCACUCCUCCUCCAAACGGCAGCGUUUAUCAUCCUCAAAAUCGGCUCCACAGUGGAAGAACGAUACAACGCAAGAUGAGAAAGCGUUGAUGGAUGACCUGAUGGCUGGGCUGGACGCAUCAAUGUUUGAUGGAAUUGGCUCAUCACCUAUACGUCCAAAAUCAAAUAAACCAUCUCAAGCUUCGCCUGUGCAGAGUCAACCAAAACGAAAACAUGUCGAAGUGAAGAUCGAACCUCUAUCGCCCAUCAGGAAAAUCAAUGUGUCACUUAGAGAGAAGCAGACUCACCGGUCACCGAUAAAAGGAAAAGCAAGGAAUGCUUUCACUCCUAUUCGGAUCAAAUCGCCUGCCAAGAUUAAGAAGGAAGAAUCAACAACGAAAGCAGAGCCGCAAAUUGACGCGGUAGUCAAUCACGAAAUCGAAAUUGAGAUAGCGCAAGAUGACUCUACUGUCAAGGCAGAGGCUCAAAUCAAACCUGAAUUAGCCGAUGAAGAUCUGUAUGAUUUCAAUUUUGAUCUGAAUGACCUUUCUGCUUUUGAGGAGGAUCUACUAGGUUUACCUGAACCCAAAACCCGUUAUCCUAUCCCUAAUCCCCCUCGUCCCCCUCCGCUACCUGGGUAUACACCGACACCGUGGACUCGUUGUAUCGUCAAUGCCGUUUCCACCGGCUUGAGGUUUACCAACGGAAUCAUCCCAUCUCUAGAUGUCAUUGAGGCAGAUGAGGAAGGAGGAACAUCAUAUGGAAAAACACUAAUCGUCACGUCGACGGAAAACGAGAUCAAACGAAUCGUCCACCUGAAGGAUCAGUGGUCAAAUUUGCACAUCAAGAAAAACGAUAUUGUCAACGUCAUAUCACCUACCCUCUGCAACCAAAAUGUCGUAGGCCCCAUCGUCUUGACUCUCAAGGACCCUUCGACUUUCCUCAUUCACCAUCCAGAUCUCAUGCUUACCAUGACUUCCAUCGCCAACGCAAUGCCUUGUCCUCGAAAACCCAUCUUACAAUCUCUCAUCAAAACGCCUGGUCCACCAUCAAAAGCCGUUCUCUAUGGUAAUCUACUACACAGUCUCUUACAAGGAGCUUUGCUCGAACAAUCGUUCGACGCGGAUAGUACGUUCAAAAGGAUAGAUAGCGAGCUGAAGAAGGAGGAGAGGAGAUUGGAGAUAUGGAGUACAGGUAUGGGAAUGAUGGACGUAAGAGAGGAGAUUGGCAUGAGAGCAGGUAGAGGGUUCGAGGUAUUUGGUGAUAAAUGGGUGGGUGAGCAGCCAGGGACCGAAGGCGAACUACAUACUUCUCCGGGUGAUAACCCGAGCUUGUUAGCUAUAAAUGGUUUACACGAAGUCGAAGAGGAUAUAUGGUCGCCAAAAUGGGGAUUAAAAGGAAAGGUGGAUGCUUCAGUUCAAGCCAAGAUCAUACGUGAUCCCUCAAAAUCACAGGAAGCAGAAGAAUCUGUCGCACCACUGGAGAUCAAGACCGGACGAUCUGUUGGAGUGAUGGCUCAUAGAGCGCAGACCAUGCUGUACACGUUGUUGAUGGAAGAUAGAUAUGGUGUACCCGUUCCUGCCGGCUUGUUGUAUUACUCCCAGCUGGACUCAAUUUUACGUGUGGAAGCCAAGCAGAACGAAAUUCGAGCGUUGAUAAUAGCAAGGAACGAAUUAGCAGACUGGUUAUCGAAGAAACGUCGUGUACCUAAAGCUCCUACGUCGUCUUCAGAUGAUAUGGUGAAGCCAAUAGAAGAUGUGGAAGAAGCUUUCUUACCGCCUACUAUCGAUCACACGAAAGAGUGUCGAUCAUGUUACGCCGUAGACAGCUGCAUGUUGUACAGGAAGGCAAUCGAUGAUGUUCAACCUCAUCCUGAAGAUCCCAUUGCGGAUUUAUAUGAGGAGAAGACAGGUCAUAUGACUCAGAAAGACGCUGAAUUCUACAAAAAGUGGGAUACACUCUUGACUGUCGAAGAGCAGGACAUUGGUAGACAUAGAAGUCAGCUGUGGACAAUGACUGCUAAGCAAAGGGAAAAGACGGGCAGAUGCGUUGGCGAUAUGAUCAUCUCAUCAUAUUCCAAUGACCUAGGCAAAUCGCUAGCCAAAAUCCAUCGACACGCAUAUACCUUCAUACGCGCUCCUCAUGCCGGUACUCAGGCCAGCAACACAUCCCUGCUUUCCGGCCAUAUCGCUAAAGGCGAUCCUGUGUCUCUGUCCAUCGAACCUGAUUUGCUAUGUCUCUCAAGGGGCUUCGUACUGGAUUUAACAGCCGAAAGUAUAACGAUCGGUGUGACGUAUGUGAUUGACCUUGAAGCCUUGCUCAAGCGUACUGGUAGAUCUCACGCUUUAUCGGAGGGCGAGGGAAAAGUAGUAUUCAGGAUUGAUAAAGAUGAGAUGGCAAGUGGGAUGAUGAGGAUGCGGAAUAACCUCGCAUCGUUAUUCUACGCCAAGGAUGGAGAUGAAGCCAGAAGAAGGCUAAUCGUUGAUCUCGCCACACCUGAAUUCGAACCUUCGUGGAUACCACCUGAUAACCAAAUUCCAGCUCAUCUCAAUGAAGAUCAACGUAAUGCCGUGAGGAAAGUGAUGAGUGCUAGAGAUUACGCUUUGAUACUUGGUAUGCCCGGUACGGGUAAGACCACCACUAUAGCUGAAAUCAUCAAGUUGCUUGUGAAUGAAGGGAAAUCAGUCUUGUUGACUAGUUUCACUCAUUCGGCGGUUGAUACGAUAUUGAUGAAGUUGGUGAAUGCGGAAUUCGGUAUCUUGCGAUUGGGUAAUAUUGAUAAGGUCCAUCCGGAUGUACAGCACUUGACACUCGAAGCUAUGGAGCAAUCUACGAAUAUGGAACAAUUAGAAAAAAGGUUGAUGAACCCUCCUGUAGUCGCUGCCACCUGUUUAGCAAUCGAUCAUCCAUUAUUCUUCAAGAGAAGAUUUGAUUAUUGUAUUGUCGAUGAAGCUUCCCAAAUCACUCUACCUACUUGCAUAGGACCGCUGAGGAUGGCAGAUAGAUUCGUGUUGGUUGGAGAUCAUUUCCAAUUACCUCCUAUUGUCCGUCACCCGGAAGCGAGACGAGGUGGACUGGACGUAUCGCUCUUCAAGCUUCUCUCUUCCGCACACCCUCAGUCAGUCACCGAUCUCAGUAUGCAAUAUCGAAUGAACGAGGAUAUCAUGUUACUGUCCAAUCGACUGGUGUAUGAGGGGAAAUUGAAAUGCGGGAACGCACAAGUGGCGAAUAGGGGGUUAGUACUGAAAGGUCGAAAGGGGUGUCGGAAGGUGUUCAAAUGUGAAGAAGACGUCGAUCAUGGAGAUUGUUGGAUCCAGGACUUGAUAGAAGAGGAUGCUAAGUGUAUAUUCGUUGACACCGAUGGGUUACCUGCACUCGACUCCAGAGUAGGUGAUUUGGUGCAAAAUGAGGUCGAAGCGAAGUUGGUCCAUCAGCUUGCCACCGCUUUGACCGAAUCGGGAUUACAUCAAGAAGACUUAGCGAUCAUUACUCCCUACAGACAGCAAAUCAAGUUACUCUCUUCAUUGGUCAAGUCUUCCCUACCCCGUGUAGAGAUAUUGACGGCUGAUAAGAGUCAAGGAAGAGAUAAAGAUUGUAUAUUGAUUUCGCUCGUCAGAUCGAACGAAGGUGGUAAUAUCGGUGACUUGCUAAAAGAUUGGAGAAGGAUCAAUGUAUCUUUCACUCGAGCUAAAAAGAAAUUAAUCAUUUUCGGAUCUGCCAAAACUCUAUCUCAAGAUACGUUAUUGAACGAAUUCUUGGAACUGAUGGAAUCUAAAAAUUGGAUUAAGAGGUUGAACAGAGGGGAUGAUAGUAUACAUGAAAUGAGAGAUCACAAUUCCAUCGGUCAUAUAAGGGGAGAUAUCGAAGUGAAGGAUGAAGUCAAAGAGGAUGAGGAGGACACUGCGAUGCGCACGAAGAAACAGAGCAAAAAUGGAAAGAAAGUGAUUAGAGUGAAUAGUGAUGUAUUGAUUAAGGGUGCUUUUGGUAAAGAGAUCUUGGUGAGUCGACUUUUGCCAUGA